AUUUGGCCGCAUAAUACUAUGCUGAUAUUCGUUGACUGAGUACGGUCAAAUCUCGUUGCACAACAACUGCUGGUGCUGGUGUAGUCGUUCUAACCAGUUGACCUAUGCUUUCACGUCGCGACCGCUGUCACUGCUGAAACGUGUCCAUAUUGUCUACUGCUCGCUGGAUUAUUCGCGAUGGCCGGGUCCGCCCUGAGACGGCUGAUGGCCGAGUACAAACGUACGUAGAUCUGUGUGUGCAAAAUAAAUGCGGUACCGAUACAAUACCACGAACCUCAAUGGUUGUGUAAUACGAAUUUUUUUUCCCCCUCCGCCCUAUUUAGAACUGACGUUGAAUCCUCCGGAAGGAAUUAUUGCUGGACCAAUCACUGAGGAAAACUAUUUCGAAUGGGAAGCUCUGAUCACAGGUCCAGAAGGUACAUGUUUCGAAGGUGGAGUGUUUCCAGCUAAACUUAUUUUCCCAUCAGACUACCCAUUGAGUCCACCAAAAAUGAGUUUUACUUGCGAGAUGUUUCAUCCAAACAUCUAUUCGGAUGGGCGUGUAUGUAUUUCAAUUCUCCAUGCACCUGGAGAUGACCCUAUGGGUUAUGAAUCCAGUAAUGAAAGAUGGAGUCCAGUACAAAGUGUUGAGAAAAUCCUUUUAUCUGUUAUCAGUAUGCUAGCCGAACCAAAUGAUGAAAGUGGUGCAAAUGUUGAUGCUGCCAAAAUGUGGCGCGAGAACCGAGAUGAAUUUAAUAAAAUAGCUGAAAAAUUGGUAAGGAAAACAUUAGGAAUUCCAACCAAUACAUAAAAUAGUUAAAUGUUAAUAUGAAAUAAUGUUAUUGGAAUAUUUUGCUUAUAAUGAACAAUGACCUAGAAAAAACCACAUGUAUAUAAACUAAUUAUGUUAUCUUUUGAAAAAUAAGUUACAUAUUUUAUAUUUUUUACAUUUUAUGUUAAU